CGGCGUUUCACUCCUGAUGGAAGAGCAGAGCGUUAUCACGGAGGUGCCGGCGGCCUUAAAGCGCUUGGCCAAGUACGUAGUGCGUGGUUUUUAUGGAGUGGAGUGUUCCCUGGCCCUGGACGUGCUGAUCCGCUACCCCUGCGUGAAGGAGGACGACCUCCUGGAGCUGCUCCAGUACGAGCGGAAGCAGCUGCGCACCGUCCUCAACACCCUCAAGGGGGACAAGCUGGUGAAGCUGCGCAUGCGGGUGGAAACGGGGCCCAACGGGAAGAGCACCAGGCACAACUACUACUACAUCAACUACAAGGUGCUGGUGGACGUGGUGAAAUACAAACUGGAUCACAUCCGCCGCAAAAUCGAGGCGGACGAGAGGGAUUCAACCACCAGGUCCUCCUUCAAAUGCCCCUCUUGCUCCAGCACUUACACGGACCUGGAAGUCAAUCAGCUCUUUGAUGUGUUCACAGAGACCUUCCGCUGCACCUACUGCAACACAGAGGUAGAGGAAGAUGCCUCUGCCCUUCCCAAGCGCGACGCCCGGACCCUGCUGGCCAAAUUCAACGAGCAGAUGGAGCCCCUCUUCCUGCUGCUGCGGGAGGCCGAGGACGUGGUUCUGCCCUAUGACCUGCUGGAGCCCCCACCGACAGAGAUACCCGGAUUGUCAGAGAGCUUUGAUCAGAAGGCGGGCUCCAGCGUGCUGGAAUCCUGCAGCCAACCUGAAAAAUGGGCCACCAGAAGUUCCUCUUUUGGCAACAUGUACACCCAAAACUUGGUCAUCGAUGUCCAAGACUCUGAGCCGAAGAAGAAAACGAGAGAGAAAGCAACUAAAGAGCAACCCGUCUGGAUGUCAGAGAGCACUGUGGAAGGAGCCACAACAGCCACCAGCGACAGCGUCAGAGUAAAGGCUUCUGAAGAAACUGAAGAAAGCGUUAAAGAAACAGUCACGGAUAACGAAAUCAUCAAGACUCUUCUGAUCCACGAAUCCAAGUCAUCGUCCAGCACAGACCAGGCUCGUGUCAUCCAGAACAACCUCCCUGGCUCAGGCAGUGACAGCAGCGAGCCUGAAGAAGACCCCACGUGCUCAGGAGGAACAGGAUGGAAAGCAGGAGGCAGCAGCUCCGACCAAGAGGAACAGGAGACACACGGCCCGAUGUUGAUGGUGGCCGGUCAGCUGAGGUCCUAUGGCGAAGUCAGCGAAAACCCAGAGCUUGUGUCCCUCAUGACAAAUGAAGAGAGAGAAGCUUAUAUAAAAAUAGGGCAACAAAUGUUCCAGUCAGUCUUUGAAUGA